GCGAGCGUCUCCGUAGAGCGGGACCGGCGGAAUCUGCGGGAAUUCUCCCCACACUCAAAAAGGCUAUGUCCACCUGUGCUGCCAAGUUUGUGCCCAUAUACGAUCUAUGUAUGCAUCUGUCGGUGGGUCUAUCGGGUCUAUCGCUCUAUCAACCCAUCCACCACACUCACCACACUCACCACACUCACCCAGCAUUCUAAACGGUCUACCUUGCAUGUACGUGCGAGGUUGAAUGUGCCAAACAUCGAUUGCAUGCACUCACUAGAGUAGAAAGAGCCAAGACAUGAGUAGAAACGAGUGGAUGAUGCACUCUUGGUGGACGCGCUAAAACACAUCCACACACCCACAAACGCACCACUCCGGCAGUGGCUUGGCUUAGAAUUUGGCCCUCUGCAAGAUAGAAGAAACAGAUAGCAGGCCCAGACGGGACCAUCACCAUCAUCUUCCCCACCAGCACCACUAUCACUUCCACUGCCGCCGCCGUCAACAACAACAACAACAUCAUCAUCAUCACUACGAAGAUUGCCGUUGACUUUGUUGAGAUUGGCACAAUUGAGCCCGUUCAACGAAAUCAGAUCGUGAAUUUUCCUUCGUUCGGCUUCGAUUCCAUUCACCCUUUGGGUCCAUUUUCAUCCAAUCCGUUCGUUGUCUUUCUUCAGGCAGGAAUUUUGCCUUUGUGGAGGAGAAGUUCGCGAAUGAGAGAGGCCCAGGGCAAAAGGCAUCAUCAUGAACGAUCUUGAAUGGGAUUACGAGGACAUUCCAUAUGAAGUCACGGGGUCUUUCAAUUCGUUUAUGGAGGAAUAUAAUCGUAUCUACGGCUUUCUCAAUAUCAUCCAAGGUGUCACGUUUGAUACGAAUAAUUUGGAAGCACCGGUGAAGGAUGUCGAUGAGCUCUCAAAUCAAUUGGACGAUGAGCGACCCAAAUACGAUGAGCUCAUCAAUUGCGGCAAGAAGAUGUCGGAAAAGUUUCCAUUUCUAGCCGAUGACAUUCUGUGCCGGGUUGAGCUGUUGGCCGUAAAAUGGGAAAUACUGCAAAUUUUCCUGCUCAGUCAGCGGCCCAAUGGCCAAAAAAAAGAUGAUGAAUCAGAUUUGGGAUCGGACUCUCAAUUCAGUGAGAAGUGUUUCCACGAUUGGCUGAGUAGCGUUGAGGACAAGAUUGUGCCGGUCAAAUUCAAGAUCAAUUGGUCGGCCAAGGCCAUCAAACAGAAAAAGAAUGAGAUGAAGAUUAUUCAAGAAGAUAUCGUGUCUCAAGGACAGAUUGUGCGAAGCCUCAUCAAAAGCAGUAAACAUCGGGAAGAGUCCAAAAUUCGCCAAUUGGAAGAACGCUGGCACAAGGUCUGGUUGCGUUGCUUGGAAUGGCAAUGUCUACUUGAAGGAUUGGGGUCCACGCCAAAGGAUGAAUUGGUCAAAUUUGAUCGUCCAGAAGAUUCAACAUACGACGUAAGAUCCGUGGCUACUGAAACAGAAAUGAGUCAAUCAGAAGAAUACGGUUUCGACGAUGCGACCAUGGCAACAAUGGAUUCCUCAAUGGAUUCCUCGAAAACUUAUGCUUGUUUAAAAAUCGGCGAAGACCAAUCGGAUUUAGCAAGUUGUGACGCUAGCGAUGAAAACUCAAGUAGAGGAAAUAGAUCAUCCGACGAAUCGGAAGAUGGUGACGAUAUCAAUGCCACUCUCACUAGAGAAUCAGACGUGACCCACCCUGGAAUUGACGGGAACAAGGAAGUGGAAAUCAUUGAGUUCUGGGAUCAGGAAAGCUAUUUGAGUGAACAUCACUACGAUGAGCCUCGAAUUGAUGACUCGUCCUUGAAUAUGCUCAAUUUUGGGGAUGACUAUAGGAAUUAUAUCGAUAGCUUGUCCGAGGAUGAAAACGAUCUCGACGAUAUUCCACGAAGGCCUAGGAUGCCUUUUGGACUGGUGACAGAGGAUUCAUCCAAAAAGCAGAGUUCCUCCUGCGAUCCUCCUCCAACAACAGGGGAGGAAGAUUUGUCUAUCUAUACCGAGGCUUUCAAAAAAAGUAGUUUAGAAUUUCGAAGAAAAAAGGAAAAGGUCCUACCGCUCUUGAGAAGUCUGGAACAAUGCAAAGUCUCAAUGGAUGAACUGAAUUCUGCCAAGUGCGUGUGUAAGGAGAGUGAGCUUGAACUUACUUCACUACGAAAUGCAGCCAAGACGGGAAAAGAAUGCAUGCUUUUAUCAGGACUGAUUUCUCGGUGGAACACGCUCGGUACUUGUAUUGAAGAUGGAAUUCGACUUGGAAAUCGUGUUCUGGAAACCUGCCAUGCAAUAAACCAUAUGAAAAUGUCCCUCCAUCAAAUGCUUGAUGAGGAAGAUGAAGCACUAGAAAUGGAAUUUAAGCAUUACGCGCCUAAUCUGAUGAGAAUGCAGAAUGAGAUCUUCACCUUGAACAUUUCGCUGCAUGAGAUCAUCCAUGAACUUCAAUCCGUGGUGUCGCUGCUGGAGCGUAGAGCCAAAGCACCUCGUGUGGAGUUUCAAAAGAUCCAGCAGAAAAUGUUGGAACUGUACUCGCUUUGGGAACAAGUGCAUCAACGUUUUAGCCAAGCCGACGAAGAUAAAGUCGCCGUAAUGGACCCAACCCCUCAAGUUAUGCGACUUCUCGACAACAAGGUUGACGAUAGCGGAAUUUCUGAAACCAGUUCAUGUGGUCGGAAAAACGCUGCAAUUGGCGACAAUCGAAUUAAAGGAAGCUCGAACUCAAAUGUUCAAGAAGUUGAAGUUCCCAACAACGGGUCACACUCUAGUUGCUCUUCCUCCUCCUCAACUUCCUCCUCAUUAUCCUGCUCAUAUCCAUGCUCAAAAUCACCAUCAUCCGACACUUACUUAAGGACCGCCAACCACCUCGUCGACCACCGCACCGAGGGCAUGGAUUCUUCUCACAUCCCGUCCGUCGCUCAAUCCCCGUCGUCCUUGUCUUCGACUGACUCAUAUUCUUGCUCCUCUACCACUGCCACCACUACAACCACUACAACACCCACUUCCCUUGGACGAUCUAGUUAUUCCCGUGUGAUCCUCAAGAGUAUUCUUCAAGUUCAAGUGGCCAUCGGAGCCUUAUUGGCUUUGGGUCAGUACCUGGAACCCCAAUGUUGUGAUCGCAUGUGUCCGAUGGUCAACGGCUUUUUCUCCUUAACUACCAACGGAUUGUCUCCGCCACUUUAAAAGAUGGCCAACCCUGGAAUCCUAUUCUCCACAUAUCCCAAACUGGCCUGGAGUAUUACGUGUUUUUGUCCGCGUGUCAAUGAAUGCCAAUAAAUGAUGAUUCUCUCAGAA